AUGGAGAAAGGUGAAUGGGAGAAUUGCACAUCACCAAUGGACUUUCUCCUGCUGGGAAUGGGCCAUGUCCUCAUACUCCAGACACCACUCUUCCUCCUCUCACUUAUGAUCUACUUGGUAACGAUGGUUGGGAAUAUCCUCAUAGUUGUGCUGGUGGUAGCAGACCAGCAUCUGCACACCCCCAUGUACUUCUUCCUGGGAAAUCUGUCCUCUUUGGAGACCUGCUACAGCUCCACCAUCUUGCCCCGACUGCUGGCCAGCUUCCUGACUGGGGACAGGACCAUCUCUGCUCACGGCUGUAUUACACAACUGCAUUUCUUUGGCUCUUUUGCAAUUAGUGAGUGCUACCUGCUGGCCAUGAUGUCCUAUGAUCGGUACUUGGCAAUAUGCCAGCCUCUGCUCUAUGCUAGCCUCAUGACCUGGAAGGUCUCUCUACAGCUGGCAGCAGCGUCUUGGCUAGUGGGAUUCCUUAUCACUACAUUAGUCACUUCUUUCUUAUCCCGUUUAAAUUUCUGUGGCCCCAAGGUUAUUGACCACUUCUUCUGUGAUUUUAUCCCAUUGCUGGAGCUUGCUUGCGAUGAUACCCGGGUAGUUACAAUAUUAAGUUUUAUCCUAUGUUUUCUUAAUCUAGUCUUCCCAUUCCUGUUCACCCUGGCCUCCUACGUGUGCAUCAUAGCUGCCAUCCUGAGGAUCCCGUCCAGUGUGGGCAGGCAGAAGGCCUUCUCCACCUGCUCCUCUCACCUCACUGUCGUCACUGUUUUCUAUGGCACCCUCAUCGUUGUCUACCUGAUACCCAGAACAGCCCCUCUGAGGCAGCUCAACAAAGUGUUCUCCUUUUUCUACACUGUCCUCACGCCCCUGGUCAAUCCUCUCAUCUACAGCCUGCGGAACAGGGAGGUCAGGGAAGCCCUGAAGAAAGCACUCGGGAAAGCUCUGGCUUGCACUCAGAGCUCAUAG